AUGUCACUUUGCGAUUGGAUGUCAGAAGUAUCUCAAGUUUCAAGGCACCUAAGUGGACAGAAUAUUAUUUUAACAGAAAAUCAAAUUAAUCAAUUGGUAAAUUAUGGUGCCCCUCAGACAAAUGAUGUGCUCAUAAAUGUUUCUACGUUUAUAAGAAUCAAGAAACAGAUUUAUAAACAUAACAUAUUAAAGCUGUUGAUAUACCUAUAG